CCACUGGCGGAAGUGAUGUCACAGAAUGUGAAGCGUUCUAUCUGCUGAUAGGGAGGAAGGAAGAGGAGUGGGACGUACCGUUGGUGAUAGGGGUACCCAGGUUUUGCGCUUGUUUGAAUUCGGUGUUGGUGGAAAUGUCAGGGACGAAGCGAUGUCCCGACUGCGGCUCCUCAGAGAUAGUAGACGAUGCUCACUAUUCCCAGGAUCAGCUGGUGUGUGCUGACUGCGGCUGUAUUGUGAGGGAAGGGCUCCUCACCACCACCCUCAGCGAGGAGAAUUCCCUGCAAGCUGUGAGAUAUGUCGACAGCACAGGAGAGCGUGACUUAACGACCUGUUGUAUGAAACGGGGAAUUGUACGUGUGCAAGAUCUGUGCAGAGUUCUAAGGCUGCCUAAUGGCUUUGUAGACACUGCUGUAUCUUACUAUAAACAAGCUGUUGUGAAUCCCCUGUACCGCUUAAUGUCCAUUCAGAAGAAGGAGAUAAUUGUGGCUUGCUGUGUGUACAUCACUUGCAGGCAGCACCAAUGGCCUAUCACUAUGGCAACCCUCUGCACUUUGAUUUACGCCAAGAAAGAACUGUUUGCCAGCCUUUUCCUGGACAUUGUACAAGUACUGAAAGUGGACGUCCCAUCUCUUAGCCUCCAGAACCUUAUUAAAAGUCACUGCAGUAGUUUCAAGCUCUUUAAGGACUCCUACGAGGUUCCUCCGCAAUACGCAGAGAAAUUGGACGCAGUAUCGGAGAGGACUGUACAGAUUGUGGAACUGGCGUACGAGACGUGGCUGGUGACUGGACGACACCCUAUUCCCAUGAUCACUGCAGCUGCCUAUAUCUCCUGGCAGUCCUUGCAACCCUCUCGCCGCAUGUCCUGUACAUUAUCACGAUUCUGCAAGAUGUCUGACAUCGACAUGCCGCCGCCAUCAACCAUUCGAUUAAAGGAGCUGCAGGAGACCCUUAUUAAGUUGGCUAAUUAUCUCCCCUGGCUAAAGAUAUUAUCAUUAAAUCGGAAGAAUAUAGUGCAACAUUUAGGCGACUUACUGAAGCACCGCGCUUACCUUCUUAGGCGAGCGCUGGCAAUCACCGAGGCAGAAUUAUCCAAAGGGACGGAAGCCCCUUCUUCCACUGAUCUGCCAAAUUCCACCGUGGUUUUCCUUCCUCCGUGCGUGACCAACCCAAGAAAAAGAGCUCGCUCCACUCCAUUUCCUCGCGGUCAUAUGGACAUCACUGGGGAUGAGGACAUCUCGGACAGUGAGAUUGAGCAAUACUUACGCACACCCGCUGAAAUGAAAGACUUUCAGCUGCUCCAGACCAGCAUCUCCAGUGUAUAAAAGCCUAACAGCAGAUAUGUGUUUAAAUAUCUGCUAAUCAUAUAGUGCAUCCUUGUUUGCAAAAGGAUGCCCUUUAACCACUUGAGCAAGUCAAAAGUAUGUUUUCAGGUAUCCUGAAUCAAAAGCACUAUCCGUAAUAAUGAUCUUUUUAGGUCUUCUAUUUUUCACUCCAUUGCUUUCCAUGUGAUGAGCAGUGAUGCAAAAUCAUUUAACGGUUUAAAGAAGAACUAUUGAUCUACAAUGUCCUGUUUCCCUUGGGUUCUGGCUACCACCCAUGAGCUGGGGAGUUAUAAAUUACUCUGUAAUUGUUUAUUAAAGGAGAACUAAACCCCCCCCGAGAUAUAACGGCUCCCUCAAAUGCCAUCGAUCUGCCCCCUUUACCUCUCCCUCCCCGCACAGUGUAUUACCUAUAUUAUUGAUUUUAUUGGGAAUCCUGAGCGCAAGAAGCAGAGCAGUCUAAUCUCGGUUACACGAGGCCAGUGAUACAGAAGC